ACAACAAGCUGCUAUUCCAGAUUAGAGGAGAGGGACAGAGAAAGGCAGAGACAACAGGGCUGGGGGUGGCUGACUUACCUAUUACAGCCAAAAGUGGGCAUGGGGCUAUUUUUAACCCAGAGGGGGAUGUAUUUAUUGUUUCAGCCAGGAGGAGGGAGGAACUGCCAUCGAGACACCUCUCACAGCAACAGCAGCAGCUGUGUGAAGCCAUGGCUCCCAAGAAAGCCAAGAAGAGGAUUGAAGGUGCUAAUUCCAAUGUCUUCUCCAUGUUUGAGCAGGCUCAGAUCCAGGAAUUCAAAGAGGCGUUCACCAUCAUGGAUCAGAACCGCGACGGCUUCAUCGACAAGGCAGAUCUGAGAGACACGUUUGCAGCUCUUGGGCGCCUGAAUGUGAAAAACGAGGAGAUCGACGAGAUGAUAAAGGAAGCACCUGGUCCCAUCAACUUCACCGUGUUCCUCACCAUGUUUGGGGAGAAACUCAAGGGUGCUGACCCAGAGGAGACAAUCCUGAACGCGUUCAAGGUGUUUGAUCCAGAGGGGAAAGGCCUGAAAUCUGCCUACAUCAAAGAAAUGCUGAUGACACAGGGUGAGAGGUUUUCCCAGGAAGAGAUCGAUCAGAUGUUUGCAGCCUUCCCUCCAGACAUGUCUGGCAACCUGGAUUACAAGAACCUGGUCCAUGUCAUCACACACGGCGAAGAGAAGGACUAGCCCACGCACAGGGCUGGGGCUGGCACUGUGAGAUCACCUCUCCCUAGGGCACACAGGGGCUCCCUUUCCUCUUCCCUGGAG